AUGGCUCUUAGGGGGGAUAAGGCCCCUGGUCCUGAUGGCAUUAACCCUCUUUUUUAUCAGAAAAAUUGGCCUAUUAUGGGUAAAGAUCUCUGUCAUGCUAUUCUUGAUGUCUUAAAUAAUGGGGCCAACCUUGCUCCCAUAAAUGAGACUUUUGUUAUCCUUAUCCCAAAGAAAAACAAUGAUAUCAGGGUUCAGGAUUUUAGGCCCACCAGUCUUUGUUUUACCAUUUACAAAGUUGUUGCUAUGUCCAUAGCUUAUAAAUUGAAGGCCAUUACCUAUAGGAAAAGUGGAAAAGUUGGUUGGGCAGCUCUUAAACUUGACAUGGAGAAAACUUUUAAUAAAGUUGAUUGCAUUUCCACUGUUUCUCCCAAACUUUACAUUAAUAAUAGUUUAUCCUCUCAUAUCUUUCCUUCUCGAGGAAUUGGGAAAGGCGACCCUCUUUCACCUUACCUGUUCUUUCGAGUUGCUGAAGGUCUUUCUACCCUAAUCCCUUCCAAAACUCAAGAUCAUCUGUUUAAGGGCAUAUUUAUAUGUCGAUUGGCUCAUUCAAUUCCCCAUCUUUUGUUUGCUAAUAAUAGCCUGCUUUUCACUCUUGUUAACACCCAAAAUUGUAAAGCUAUCAAUGAUAUUCUCAACAUCUACGAUAAAGCCACAUGUCAAUCUGUUAACUUGGCCAAGUCUUCUUGUUUUCAUUGCUCUAAGAAAUCUUCCUUUCUUUUCCUUCUUCAAAAGGCUAGUAGUAAGCUUUCUGUUUGGAAUCAAAAGCUCUUUUCAAAAGCUUGUAAAGAAGUUUUGCUCAAGAGUGUUCUUGGGCAUGUAAAUAUUGGAAGUACACUAGUUUCUCAAUUUUUUUUCCAUAAUAAGAAGAAUUGUGAUAUUAAAGAAAUUCUAUUAAGAGGUUUUGAUGCUUUUCGGAAAGACAAUUUGGCUGUGUUUUUUGGUAUUUUAUGGGCUAUAUGGAACCACCGUAACAAGUUUCUGUUUGCAGAUAAGAAGCAUGUUUAUAUGGAUAUAGAACCUUUUAUUGUUUCUUAUUUGCAAGACUACAAAGUAGCCCAAGCAAUGAUCAUUCUCCAAUCAGAUAGUUCCACCCAAAACCAAGAGGCAGCUCAAUCGAGACCAACUUCCUCAUUGUCUAUUCUAGAGCAAUACAAGCUUAGUGUAGAUGCUGCAAUAAAAAGGCAGGUUAACAAACAUGGAUAUGGGGUUGUAGUUCAAGAUUCGAAUGACAGAGUCAUAGCAGAAAUCUAUUCUUCUACAACUUCAGGUGUUCCUCCAAUCUUUGCUGAAGUUGAGGCUCUUCUUUGA